GGGAAAGGGGCGGGGAGAACGGAGGCCGGGAAGGUGAUUCGCGGGUCGCGCGCGACCGGCGCGCGUGCGCACUGCGCAGCCUUCGCCGGAGGCCCUCGUCGCCAGGGCGCGCGACCGCGGGGGUGAGCGUGUUGCCAGCCGCCGUGCAUCUCCCGUCCCUGCGGCCGGGCGCACGGCAUGGCGGAAAACCGAGAGCCCCGCGGGCCCGUGGAGGCGGAGCUGGACCCGGUGGAGUACACCCUCCGCAAGCGGCUGCCCCACCGCCUGCCCCGGAGGCCCAAUGACAUUUACGUCAACAUGAAGACGGACUUUAAGGCGCAGCUGGCCCGCUGCCAGAAGCUGCUGGACGGAGGCGCGCGGGGCCAGAACGCGUGCACGGAGAUCUACAUUCAUGGCUUGGGCCUGGCCAUCAACCGCGCCAUCAACAUCGCCCUGCAGCUGCAGGCCGGCAGCUUCGGGUCCUUGCAGGUGGCCGCCAACACCUCCACUGUGGAGCUGGUGGACGAGCUGGAGCCGGAGACCGACGCGCGGGAGCCGCUCACUCGAAUCCGCAACAACUCGGCCAUCCACAUCCGAGUCUUCAGGGUCACGCCCAAGUGAUUGAUUGACUGUCCCUUGUCCCACCCCUGCCGCCCUUUUCCCGCCCCCCUGCACAGCCGGGCCCAGAUGGGGGCUCCUCCAGCCGGAGCCACGGAGGACAAGGCCUGUUAUCUUGUUGGGCCCACACAGUGGGUCUUCCCGGCAUCUGUGGCUGCUGUCCCAUGCAGUAGGGACAGCAAGUGCUAGUGGCCCUGCCACCCCCACCCCGGCCUCUUCGCCGCUGCAGUAGGGGAAGGAGGGGGCUUUCCAAGGGGACCCGGCGCGGUUCCUGCCUGCACGGGUGAUCCGGGUGAUCCCGCGCUGACAGCAGCCGGGAGCAAGUUGUCCAGGCUCUCGAGAAAGUGACCUCAGCAGGGUGGCUGGACAACCGGGAUGGGCCAGGCUCGGGGAAGGGGAGGGUUUAAGUAUGGGAGGGAGCCGACCGACUGGGGGUGGGCCGGGGGCUCCUGGACCGGAACCCCUGCAAGAGGCUCCCGGGUGGCUGUGGCCUGGUGACCCACAAGUGCUCUGGCCGGGCUGCUUCAGUGACACAGGAAGGCCCCCCACCCCCAUAACUGCUCACAGACAAUAAACACUCGUUUGGAUCUUUGUGA